CAAUAGUACAGCACUUGUUGUUCAUAUUCAAACAGCCCGGCAUCCUCGAAUCGCAAAGAUGAGGAUCGAGACGUGCUAUUUUUGUUCCAGGCCGGCCUACCCAGGCAAGGGCAUACAGUUCGUGAGGAACGAUGCCCGGGUGUUUCGGUUCUGCAGGAGUAAAUGCCACAAGAACUUCAAGAUGAAGCGCAACCCCCGCAAGCUCAAGUGGACAAAGGCCUUCCGCAAGGCGGCCGGCAAGGAGAUGACGGUCGACUCGACGCUGCAGCUGGCGGCGCGACGCAACGUCCCUGUGCGCUACAACCGCGACCUCUUCCAAAAGACGCUCAAGGCCAUGGACCGCAUCGCCGAGAUCCGGGCCCGCCGCGAGCGCGUCUUUUACAAGAAGCGCAUGGCGGGCAAGCGCGAGCGCGAGGUCGCCGCCGCGCGCAAGCUCGUCGCCGAGAACGAGCACCUGCUCCCGCGCCUGCGCGGCUCCGAGAAGCGCCGCAUCGCAGAGGAGCGCGGCAUCACGGUCGAGGAGGUCGAGGAGAUGUCGGUCGGGGAGAUGGUCGAAAAGGCCAAGCUGUCCAAGAAGGCGGGCAAGAGCAAGCUCUUUGGCAAGGAGGUCCUGCGCCAGAGGGUACGGGCCGACGGUGGCGUCGACACCGUGGUGGAGAGGACGGUCGGCACCGCCGGCGAGGACGACGACGACGACGAUGCCGAGUGGGGAAGCGACGCCGACGACGUGGAUGGCAUGGAUACCGACUGAAAAGACUGACUCUAAAAUUUCAUCGCCGGCAAAUACCUCCUUUUCUUUUGCCUGUGUCUAUUGUUUCUACGGCGCUUUCGGAAUUGUUUUCUCCCCGCGCUGACACGACCUGCAAGCGGGAUUUUCUGUUGUUGAGUUUCGAGUGGGCAUCAUCGGCGUUUUUUUGGUAUCAAAAGGGAUAUAUCUUUGUGCAGCUUCGAAAAAUAUUACGAGGGAAUAGUUUUGUCGACUUGAGGAAACCGCUGAAAUUAGCAACUGUUCGGGUGUCGUUGGGAAUCAGCCAGUGCUCGUCUUUGGGCGUGUUCAGCCAGGCGUACAUGGGCCCGUUAUAAAUUUCACCACCAACCAAUCAUCACCACGGCAUUAUAUUCUCCUCCACAAGUCAGGACGGGGAGAGACAUAAUGGGCGCAAGUUUCCAUGUCGACCGUUCUUUGAUAUGGGUAGCUUCCAUCCUGCCCUAAGAUCUGAUCUGCUGGCGAGUGGGUUAUUCGACAUUCUCGAUACUCCUUGAGCGCUACACGUUCCCAAACGAGACAGACUGCCUCUAUAAUUUGUACAUAUUCCUGGUUUCCCACCUGAACAUGCAGGAGUUUGUAUUCACAAAUGUGGCUUGAGGUUUGCGGUCGGAGAUCAAGUAUGGAUUCGCUCAAUACUGCCCAUAGUAUCAUGUCUGCAUGAGUAGGAAUACAAAACAGCUCGGUUUUGGAAAGCAGAGAACUUCCGGUACAUUCAUAUGUUGAAACUGCAUAAGGAACCAUGUACUUGGAGAUAUUGCUUCUUCGUUCGUUCGUUGGGAGCUAUCACGACGUUCAGGACAGACAAGGCCUUAUAUAUGUUGAUAUGUGUUUGCCGCA